UGAGUGAGUAAGUCCUUAUCUGAAAUUGCAAAAUGGAGGGAGGAAGUGAGGAUGACAACAAGUGUGAGUGGAAUCUCUACGAAGCCUACAAUGAACUUCACGCGCUCGCUCAGGACUUGCACACUCCCUUCGACGCCCCCGCCGUGUUGGUAGUUGGCCACCAGACCGACGGCAAGAGCGCCCUCGUCGAGGCACUCAUGGGCUUCCAAUUCAACCACGUCGGCGGCGGCACCAAGACGCGCCGCCCUAUAACCCUCCACAUGAAGUACGAUCCACAAUGCGAGUCCCCUUCCUGUUAUCUCGUCUCUGACACCGACCCUUCUCUAUCUCACCAAAAGUCCCUUUCCCAAAUUCAGGCAUAUAUUGAAGCUGAAAACGUGAGGUUGGAGCAUGAUUCUUCAUCUCAGUUCUCGGCUAAGGAAAUUAUAAUCAAAGUGGAGUACAAGUAUUGCCCCAAUCUUACAAUCAUAGACACUCCUGGUCUCAUUGCUCCUGCUCCUGGUCGCAAAAAUAGGGCAUUACAGGCCCAGGCACGUGCUGUGGAGUCUCUAGUGCGUGCGAAAAUGCAACACAAGGAGUUUAUUAUAUUGUGCCUUGAAGAUUGCAGUGACUGGAGUAAUGCAACUACGAGGCGCGUUGUAAUGCAGAUUGAUCCUGAGUUGUCAAGGACUGUGAUUGUGUCAACCAAGCUAGAUACAAGGAUACCUCAAUUUGCACGUCCGUCCGAUGUUGAAGUUUUCCUUUCGCCGCCUGCGUGUACACUUGAUGGCUGCAUUCUGGGAGACUCUCCUUUCUUUACGUCUGUGCCUUCUGGAAGAGUUGGCUCUGGAUGUGAUUAUCUCUACAGGUCCAAUGAUGAGUUCAAACAGGCAGUAUUCUCCAGAGAGAUAGAAGAUGUUGCAUCUUUGGAGGAGAAGUUGGGCAGGUCAUUGUCAAAGCAAGAAAGAAGUAGGAUAGGUGUGAGCAAACUUAGGUUAUUCUUGGAAGAAAUGCUACAACAGAGGUAUAUAAGUAACGUGCCAUUGAUCAUUCCACUUCUUGAGAAGGAGUACCGGAGUGUGACAAGGAAAUUGAGUGAUAUAAAUCAAGAAUUGAGGUGUGCAUUAAAGUUAAAAGUAUCUUUGUUCACAUUGGAUGAAGCCAAACUGAAGGAGAAAGGAAGAACCUUCCAUGAUAUGUUCUUAACCAAGUUGUCAUUACUGCUUAAAGGGACAGUUGUUGCGCCUCCUGAUAAGUUUGAUAAUGCUCAAUAUUUGAUAAGCAAGCUUGCUAUCUUUGGAUAUCUCCUUUCCCUUGGCAUGUGGUCAUGGUUGAAUUCCUUGACAUUUUUAUUUUGUUUUGUUUCAGGUGAAACACUACAAGAUGAGCGAAUAAAUGGAGGUGCAUUUGUUGGUGCUGAUGGUGUUCAGUUCCCUCACAAGCUAAUACCUAAUGCUGGGAUGCGACUCUAUGGUGGUGCACAAUAUCAUCGGGCAAUGGCUGAAUUUCGUUUUGUGGUUGGAGGAAUCAAGUGUCCCCCAAUUACUCGGGAAGAAAUUGUAAAUGCUUGUGGAGUUGAAGACAUUCAUGAUGGAACAAACUACUCUAGGACUGCUUGUGUAAUUGCUGUUGCAAAGGCUCGUGACACAUUUGAACCUUUUCUUCACCAGUUGGGGUCUAGACUGUUGCAUAUACUUAAGCGAUUGCUUCCAAUCUCUGUUUAUCUUCUUCAGAAAGAUAGCGAGUAUCUAAGUGGCCACGAGGUGUUCCUUAGGCGUGUUGCCUCUGCCUUCAACAACUUUGCAGAAUCCACUGAAAAAUCAUGCCGUGAAAAAUGUAUGGAGGACUUGGUGAGCACCACACGAUAUGUCUCAUGGUCUCUACACAAUAAGAGUCGGGCUGGGUUACGCCAGUUCUUAGAUUCAUUCGGUGGAACAGAACACUCCAAUCUAAGUCAUGUGGCCUCUGGCACUGAUUCUAGCACAUCCAUUCAGACAACAGAAACGAAGCUUGCAGACCUUCUGGAUAGUACACUUUGGAAUCGUAGGCUUGCACCCUCAUCUGAAAGAAUUGUUUAUGGUUUGGUACAACAGAUAUUUCAUGGCAUAAGAGAAUAUUUCUUGGUUUCCACAGAAUUAAAGUUCAACUGUUUCCUCUUGAUGCCCAUUGUGGACAAGUUGCCUGCACUUCUUCGGGAAGACCUAGAAUCUGCUGUCGAAGAUGACCUGGAUAAUGUUUUUGACAUAACCAAUCUGCAGCACUCAUUGGGGCAGCAGAAGAGAGAUACAGAAAUUGAGCUGAAAAGGAUCAAGAGGCUCAAAGAGAAAUUCAGAAUGAUACAUGAGAAGCUAAUUCUACAUCAAGCCAUGUGAGAAUAUGUGAGCCACUGCUGGAACUACUGAGUUUCAUUUUACUUCAAAUGAAAUAGGCAUGUGAUUUAAAGAGUUGUGAGAUUUAUGAUUUUUUAUUUCUUCCUAUUUUAUUGCUUAUUUAGAAGGGCCGGCUUGGCUCAGCGGUAAGCUUGCUUGCCGUGGUGUGUCAGGUCGCGGGUUCGAAUCAGCCUCUCUGCAAAAAGCAGGGGAAAGACUGCCUAGAGUAUUCCCUUCCCCAGACACUCACGAAGUGGGUAUUUGAACUGGGUCGGCCCUAUUUUAUUGCUUAUUUAGUUGUCUAUCAUAGAAGGAUGAAUAGAUGUUCAUGAUGAGGACUCUUCGCUGCAGUUAACUGAAAAUCUUUUUUCCUCAAGUUAGCCUUGAA